AUGUCGAAUCGCACCAUGCCAGAGUCAAAUGAUCAUUAUUACACAACACCAAGUGCCAGAAGCUCUGAGCGUCAUGAAAACAGGAACAAGCAUCGCGGCUCGGAGGAUGAAUACUCGCCCCUUUUGCCCCCUGAUGCUCAUCCCGUGAAGACUUCGAGCUUUGUCUCUGCGGCAACCCCGAUAGCCUAUGAACUGCAGGCUCUGGUUCGCUCUUCCGUGCCUGUCAUUUCAUCUUAUAUCCUCCAAAAUUCGAUUCAAACCAUAUCUAUCAUCGCAGUCGGGAGAUCUAUGCCCCACAACCUCUCAGCGGCAGCGUUUACCUACAUGUUCAGCACCUGUUCUGGCUGGCUUAUAGGAAUGGGGGGCUCAACAGCCUUGGACACACUCGCCUCCACGGCCUUUACCGGGGGUUCCAACAAGCACCAGACGGGUAUUUUGUUGCAAAGGUGCAUUAUCGUUCUUACCCUUCUGUAUAUCCCUGUAUGCAUCAUAUGGGCAUUUUCCGACCGGCUGUUCAUCCUCCUUGGGCAAGAUCCAGAGCUAUCUCUUCAGUCCCGAAAGUUCCUUACCUGCCUAAUCCCAGGAGGGCUCGGGUAUAUCUACUUUGAGGCGCUCAAGAAGUAUCUGCAAGUCCAAGGCCUGGUGCAUCCCCCGACUUAUGUCAUGCUAGUUGUCUCUCCUCUCAGCGCCGUUUUGAAUUAUUUGUUCAUUAAUACCAGCCUUGGGCUAUUGGGAGCUCCGUUGGCCACAGGUAUCUCAUACUGGCUAUCAUUCGCCGGUCUUGUCUUAUAUACAAGAUAUGUGGCUGGUUACGAAUGCUGGAAUGGCUGGGACAAGGCAUGCCUGAGCCAUUUGGGUAUAUUCUUCCGCAUUGCUCUCUUAGGUAUUAUUCAACUGGGCACUGAAUUUUGGGCGUUUGAAAUUGUGGCCCUUAUUGCAGGAAACUUAGGGAAGCUUCCUCUUGCAGGGCAAAGUGUGCUGAUGACGGCAGAUCAAGUACUGGUCACAAUCCCCUUCGGGAUUGGCGUUGCCAGCAGCGUUCGUGUUGGAGGUGCUCUUGGAUCGAGGGAUGCAAAAGGAGCCAGACGAGCCGCUCAUACUGCUACUAUUCUAGCUGUGUCCUUGGCAGUAAUUAUUUGCCUAACUCUGAUCGUUACUCGCAACCAUUUUGCGAAACUUUUCACAAGCGAUAUGGAGGUAGUCAAGUAUGUGGCAAACGUAAUGCCAUGGAUAGGACUGUUCCAGAUCGCAGAUGCGGUUAAUGGAAGCUGUGGAGGUUCGCUGAGAGGCACGGGAAAACAACAUAUUGGAGCAGCUGCAAACAUCACGAGCUACUAUGUGAUUGCCCUUCCGUUGGGCUACUGGUUGGCGUUUCGGGGAUGGGAACUUUCGGGCCUAUGGAUCGCGCAAUGUAUUGGAAUGGGCUGCGUUGCAUUAUUUGAGCUAAUGUUUGUGCUGCGUACGAACUGGCAGAAGGAGAUCGAUCUUGCUUUAGAAAGGAUUCAUGAAGGUAGUGAACAAGACGAAACUGUUUGA